CCUCCAUGGAGAUAAAUAGCACAGAAGACUUUCGUUUCAGAUUAUAAGCUGCGUAGGACUGCGCGUAUUUGCUUUGAUACUGAAAAAGGUUUUUUUCCCACAGUCAUGAAAGUGUUCCUAGUCGUUGCAGUGGUCGCCCUGGUUCAUGGCAGUUAUGCCACUUUGCUCAUUAAAGGGCCGACCGAGCCUGUCCUGGAGGGAGAGGAGCUCACGCUGGAGUGUACCUACACAGACUCUGAGCUCAACAUCAGCCAGGUCCGCUUUGAGAUCUUUUCCAAGUACAUGGAUGGCUGGCGUCCAGUUUGGGAGCGAUCCUGGUGCUUCUACUCGAUGCAAAUCACGAGAACUGCAGAGAGUCUUGUCUUGACUAUCCCCCGUGCAGGAAGGUACUAUGAGGGGCCUUACCGCUGUGUGUCUGCUGCCGAAAAUGCGACUGAGUCCGACAUGUCCUCCCCGGUGCUGGCCAUCAAAGUGCAAUAUAUGGGGCAGCUGUUACUGUCCAGGGAAGGCUUCACCAGCUACCUGGGUGUGCCAGAGGAGCUGAAGGUGCGAGCUGGAGAAGAUGUGGUGCUGACGUGCUCUGCCAGCUCAUCAGAGCAGCCAAACUACUCAUGGAAUAAGAAAGGUAACGACUGGAUCCUGCCUUCCUCUCGGCUGACACUGAGGAAGGUGAGCGCGAUGGAUGAGGGACAGUACACUUGCAUGGCCGAGCAUCCCUCAGUCGAGUCACUCAGCAAGACACGGACCAUCAGCAUCACCGUGCUGCCUGAGGAUGCCCCGUGGUAUGAGUCCACUAAUGGCCGUCUCACGUUGAUGACGGUGGCGGCAGCUGUGUCUCUCCUGGUCUUCAUCCUCUCCGUAACCGUGUUCCUGUGCCGCAGGGCCAAGCAGAUCAAGACCAGCAAGGGCCCCAUUGAUGACCGGUCUCAGAAAAAACCCAUCUACAAAACCAGUGUGGAGUCCCUACCCUCCACCUGCGGAGACAAACAGCCUCUGGUGUGAGUGCACAGGCAGAUGGAAGGGUGAGGAGGGAGGAAGAAGAUGGCACGAGGGACGAGGAAGAUGGAGUGGGCGGCCAGAAAAUGAGCGAUGCUUAAAGUGGGAGGACAUGGUAUCGGGUUAUGAGUGGGGAGGAGACAGGGAGAAAGAGAAGGAGGCAAAGACGGAUAUGCGGAGACUGUAGGGAGAGCAAAAUCAAAAUCAGUAGCUGGGUGUAAAAACAAAAAAAAGUGAAGGGCAAAUGAUUGCUUUGGAGAUACAAAAGCUGCUUUGCUUGUGGGUGUAUGCUGCAUUAUGCAUCCUCGACAAUACGGUGGGCAGUUAGUCUUAAUUUAUUCUGCCGUGUGGAAAUCGGUGAGCUACAUUCUUAGCAAAAUAAUGUAGGAUGACAAGUGUACUGCAAGAGUUGUUAAGACGACGUGAUUCUUUUCCUUUCUGCUCAGUUGUGUAUUAUGAAUGGGCCGUUUGGGUAAUAGGACAAGGUUUUAUUUUGCUGGUUUGUUUCCCUUUCGACCUUCUUUCAAAAGCAGAACCAGCUCAAAGCAUUCGUGAGAAGGUCAUUAUAAUUUUUUAUUUUUUUCUUUUACUGUGACAAUUCUCAAGCACAUUGCACUCUACUAUUGAAUUUACUGCACUCUGGAUUUCUUUGAUAUUAAAUGGCUUUCAGAAAA